CAACGAUGAUGCAUGUGUGACAAUCACCGCACCAGUCCAGGUGGUAUCGGCCAUCGUUGCGGAUUUGCAUGCUCGUGGAAUGCGUACCAAACUGGUACACGUUCAGGGCCGUUUCCAUUCUAACGUCCACUCUGCUACCGUGGAUAAGAUCACGUCAUUUCUCAAUUCGCUAGACAAUGUCGAGUUCCCCAAAUUGCCAAACGACUGGUCUAGACUUCAAACGAGACCUUUGACAAACGGCGACAAUGUCCAUGUUGUGUUGAGAUCCACCAUAGAUGGUUCGGCCAUUGCGGCUGAAUCCCUCACCAAGAUAACUCUUGAAAGCAUUUUGUCGAAGGAGGCAAACUGGUACGCAACCAUUCAAAAUGCCAUUUCCAAUCUUCCAAAGCCUCACAGCUCCUGCUUAUUUGUGGGGUUCGGUGAUCAUAUACCAACCUCUUUACUACAAACUCCCGGUUUUCAGAUACAAUCUCUGAGCAGAUCUGGGACAGCCGAGGAGAGCCCUCUACCGAAGGCUUCCCGUUCAGACUAUCCUCCCAACUCAAUUGCCAUUGUCGGUAUGGCAGGAAGAUUUCCAGGCGCGGACGACUUGGACGAAUUCUGGCAACUCCUUCUCUCUGGAACCUCCAUGGUAGAGCCUGCACCCCAAAGGCUGAAUCUGUCUAGCCUAGAAGAUACUGGCGACUACUCAGGAACGAAAUGGUGGGGCAACUUUAUACGCAAUCCCGAGUCGUUUGAUCAUCGCUUCUUCAAGAAGUCGUCUCGCGAAGCUAUUGCAUGGGAUCCACAAAUGAGAGUCCUUCUGGAGGUUGUAUACGAGGCCCUUGAAUCUGCUGGAUACUUUGGAACGGGUUCAAAGCAGGAGAUCUCGGACUAUGGCUGUUACAUUGGAGCCGUCAUGAGCAAUUGGUAUGAUAAUGUGUCGUGCCAUCCGCCAACUGCUUUUGCUACGAUAGGAACGUCUCGGCCAUUUUUCAGUGGCACUAUUAGUCAUUAUUUCGGCUGGACCGGCCCCGCUCUCACGAUCGAUACUGCAUGCUCUUCAUCACAUGUCUCUAUCGACGCUGCAUGCAAAGCUAUCCUAAGUGGAACCUGCUCCAGAGCCGUAGCUGGCGGAACCAAUAUCUUCACGAGCCCGUUCGACUACAAGAAUCUAGCAGCUGCAGGAUUUCUGAGUCCCAGUGGCCAGUGCAAACCAUUCGAUCAAUCUGCCGAUGGUUAUUGUCGUGGAGAAGGAGUUGGCGUGGUUGUUCUCAAAUCUCUUGCCAGCGCCUUGAAAGAAGGGGAUAACAUACUGGGAGUCAUUGUCGGCUCCGCUACGAAUCAGAACGAGAAUCACAGCCAUAUUACAGUUCCUCAUGCAGAUUCGCAAGUCAAACUUUACAAGAGUGUCAUGAAGCAAGCUGGCGUCGUCCCAGAACUUGUCUCAUAUGUUGAAGCUCAUGGUACGGGAACUGGGGUAGGCGAUCCAAUCGAAGUUCGAGGACUUUGCGAUGCGUUCGGAAGUUCCACUCGGAAAGAGCUUCUCCACUUCAGCUCCAUCAAAGGCAAUAUUGGGCAUACUGAAGCAACUGCUGGCGUUGCUGGCCUUAUCAAAGUGCUGCUCAUGUUACAUCACAAGACAAUACCUCCCCAAGCAAGUUUCUCGGCGGUGAACUCCAAUAUUGCACCUUUUGAAGGUUACGGGAUGGACAUACCUCGCAACACCUUACCCUGGGAUUCUCCUACUCGUAUUGCGUGUGUGAACAGCUACGGAGCAGCUGGAAGUAACGCUGCUGUUAUGGUUCGUCAAAAGCCAGACAUUCCUUCGUCGACUAGCACGUCGAAGCCGCUUACACAAUAUACGCUCUUCAUCUCAGCAGGAUCUGCAAACAGUUUCUCGAUGUACUGCGAGAAACUUCUUACAUAUAUCCGACAUCUACGAUCCCAGGAUUCUUCCGAGUGCUGGUUUCCAGACUUGCUAUUCAAUCUGGCUGACCGAGCCAACCACUCACUGCCAUUUGUCCUUUCUUCACCUGUUUCAAAUGUCGCAGAUCUUGAGGCAAAGCUUGUCGCAACUGCAUUGGAUUCGUCAAAGUUGAAGACUGAGGUGCGAGGUAAUCCGACGCCUGUUGUCCUUGUCUUUCCUGGUCAAGAGAACAACUUCGUCAGCAUCUCGGAAGAUUUCUAUCAUUCCUGCACAAUCUUCAAACACCAUCUUGAUGAAUGCAAUAAUUUACUUACCUCAUUAAAUUUGGAAAGCCUGUAUCCCGCGAUCUUCCAGCGACUCCCAAUACCGAACAUUGUCACACUUCACGCUGCGCUGUUUGCAGUCCAGUACGCUUCUGCGAAAGCGUGGAUGGACUGUGGGGUCCAAAUCUCCGCAGUCGUUGGGCAUAGUUUUGGACAAUUGACGGCGCUUUGUAUAUCAGGAGCGCUUUCUCUACUAGAUGCUCUUAAACUCGUCACUGGCAGAGCAUCCAUCAUGAUCAAUCAUUGGGGCCCUGAAAGAGGCUCCAUGAUGUGGUUACAAGCUAGUCGACAACAGGUUGCACAGGUCUUGGAAUCUGUGAACAGCCAAAGCAGUGGAGAUGACCUUCAGAUUGCUUGUUACAAUGGUCCAAACAGCCACGUCGUUGUUGGUUCUAUCAAAGCUAUUGAGACGUUGGGUGCUUUUAUUUCUGACGAUUCAUCCCUACGAGACUUGAUUCGGACGAAGACGUUGCAAGUCACUCACGGCUACCACUCCAAGUUCACAGAUCCAUUAUUGCCUCACCUUGGAGAUCUUGCCAGAAGACUGAUAUGGAAUGAGCCAACGGUACAUCUGGAAACAUGCGAUAGUGCGAAAAGAACAGCCCAACCAGACUUUCAAAUGGUUGCAGAUCACAUGAGAAAUCCGGUAUAUGUCGAAGAAGCUGUACAAAGGCUUUCGCAGCAAUACCCGCAGUGCAUAUUUGUCGAAGCGGGACACGGCUCGUCCGUCAUGAAAUUGGUACAAGGUUGUGUUACCAGCGCGAGCCAUUCCUUCCUUCCAGCUCAACUUACCAAGUCAAGUGCUUCAUUACUAGUUGAAACUACCAUGUCACUGUGGAAGUCAGGUCACGGAGCACAAUACUGGCCGUUCCAUCGCAGUCAGAGAAAUGAGUAUCAGCAUAUGAUUCUCCCGCCUUACCAAUUCGAGAAAACAAAUCUGUGGCUUCCAUUCAUAGGGCGUACAAGCAGUCCCGCAAUCGAGGUGACCCCGAAUAUCCCCGUGCACAAGCUUCUCUCCUUCAUUGGAUUCAAGGAUUCGAGCAAAAGAGAAGCAACAUUCCGCAUAGACCCCGAGAACGAAAGAUAUCAAUCAAUGCUCCGGGGCCAUCAAAUGGGAGGGGAAUCUCUUGCACCAGCAUCAUUUACAUUUGAGCUAGUAGCCUGUGCUGCCUUGUCUCUCCUUUCGGAUUCCGACUCAUUAGAAUAUGUCCCUUGCGUCGAGAAUCUCCACAUGUCGUCUCCUCUGAGUAUUGAUAUCAACAAGGACAUCACCCUUUCUCUACACUCCAUCGACGGGAAGCAUCCAGAAUGGGCAUUUAGCAUCUCAACAAAAGAGCAUACCUCAGGCGGAUCCGCCAGCGAGCCCGUCCAACAUACCAAAGGAACAAUAUUCCUACAGAAGAAAAAUGAUGCCAAGGCAGCUCAGACUUUCAAUCGUUUCCAGAAUCUGAUUGGCUCUAAUCGCUGUGAUCAGAUCAUGGAAGACCCUGCUGCGGAGUUGAUGAAGGGUGCACACAUCUAUCGAGCCUUCAGUCACAUCGUACAUUACGCUGAGCAGUUCCGAGGGAUUAAAUCAAUUGCGUGUGUUAGCCUUGAGGCUGCAGGCCGUGUGUCUGUAACUGUGGAUCCUGAAGCACCGCCUCACCAGCGCUUGUGUGAUACCCCUAUGACUGAAAGUAUGAUGGGCUUUGCAGGCUUCCUGGUUAAUUAUUUCAACAAUCAAAGUCUUGAUGACGUUUUUAUCUGCAAUCUCAUCGAGAAGAUUGAGAUCGGUGGCAUCUUUGAUCCAGAUGCCAAAGAUUGGAUCGUAUAUGGAACGAUGACGGAAGGCGAGGGUGGCAAGGUAUCUGCAGAUGCUUAUAUCUUUGAGGCUGAGAGCAAGAAAUUGGUUAUGGUUGUCUUGGGUUGCCAUUUCUCCAAGAUGCCGCAGCUACUGCUGGCAAGAAUGUUGAAAAGCGCGAACAAGGGCCAAAGUCUUGCCAGCUCCACCAAUAUUUCACCCGAUCCAGUGAGCGAAAAAUUGGCCUCCAUCGAAGAGUCCGAGACAAUAGCAUCAGUGUCGAAGAACAAAUCUUCCACUGUGCGAGCGCAGGUCUUCCAAGUUAUUCACAACAUAACCGACGUUCCGUUAGAAGAUAUCAAAGAUGAAUCAACGUUCAAUGAUCUUGGAAUCGACUCCCUGAUCGCUACAGAGGUCCUCAACGAUCUCCGAGCUGCUCUCGGAAUCACUGUUGACCUUGCGGCAUUCCUCUUUUUUGAGGAUGUCCGUGAAAUCUGCAAGUAUCUCGACGAAAAGCUUGGCAAUGCCGUCCCUGACGAUAUUCAUGAUUCAUCUGUCUCUCCUUCCAAUGGAUCGAGUACGGGGAGCGAGACGGCGGCGGCGGUGUAUACUCCUACUUCGGAAGGGUCUGGCAAAGGCUCCACUGAAGUACCUUCACCAGUUGAAGCAACAACCCUACCGACGCUUGUCUCUGUUGCCCAAUCAUUCGAAUCUAUGCGAUACGACUUCGAUGAACUGGCAAUCGAAACCAAAGCGGUCAACUUUUGGACCCAAGUCUAUCCAGAUCAAGCCAGUCUUGUUCUUGCAUACAUCGUAGAAGCUUUCAAAAAUCUCGGAUGCCAUCUUAGUAAUCUACAAGUUGGAGCAGAUGUCCCUCAGAUUAAGUUUUCAGAGAAACAUAAUAAGCUCGUGUCUCAAUUGUACCUAAUACUUGAAGAUGCCAACCUCAUAACCCCAUCGGAUGGAGGAUUUACUCGGACACACUCCACGGUUGACCCUACGCCACCAGAGACUAUCUUCCAACGGAUAAUAGACAGGCAUCCAGAAAACGCAAUUGCUCAUAGACUGGUCAAGAUAAUCGGGGAUAGGCUAGCGCAGUGUCUCACUGGCGAAGCUGAUGGUGCUCAACUCUUGUUCGGAAUCAAGGCCAACAAGCAGCUCAUGGAAGAUUUCUACCAGAACUGGCCUAUUCUUCGCACACCUACUUUGCUCCUUGGCGAUUUUCUGAUGAAAGCCUUCUCCAACUCGAGCGGCCGAGGGCCCUUCCGUAUCCUUGAAAUUGGAGCCGGGACGGGUGGUACAACUCGGUACAUCGUCAACCAUCUACAAGGUCAUGGGAUUCCAUUCGAGUACACAUUUUCAGAUGUUUCGGCAUCGCUAGUCGCUGCUGCCAAGCGAAAUUUCCAAGGCGUAGAAGGCAUGAAGUUCGAGGUUAUUGACAUUGAGAAGUCUCCCGCAGCAGAUCAUCUUGGGGCUUAUCAUGUCAUUAUUUCGACAAACUGUAUCCAUGCAACGCGGAAUCUUGGUCAAACCUUGUCGAACAUUCGGAAGAUGGUUCGGGACGAUGGCGUCCUGACACUAGUCGAGAUGACAAAGAACAUGUUCUGGUUUGACAUUGUAUUCGGCAUGUUCGAAGGCUGGUGGCUCUUUGAGGAUGGUCGUGCACAUGCAAUUGUCGACGAAAUUCAUUGGGAGUGUUGCAUGCUUGAUGCUGGAUUCAAGGAAGUGGCUUGGACUGAUGGGACAUCUCUUGAAUCACAGACUGUCCGCAUCAUCGCUGGAUUUCCAUCUGCGGCUCCAAAGCUACCAGCUUCCAAGAACGAUCACAAGAAGCCCCAAUCACAAGUCUCGGUCGAAACGGUUGUUUACAAAAAGGUCAGUACCACAGAUAUCCACGCUGAUAUUUAUUACCCCGCCAAUUCCACUUUGUCAGCGAUCAAACUACCUAUCGCUCUCAUGAUACACGGAGGCAGCCACAUGAUCUUCUCUCGAAAAGACAUUCGCCCGCCUCAAACUCGUCUGCUGCUCGAAAAAGGAUUUCUGCCUAUAAGUCUAGACCACAGACUCUGUCCCGAAAUCAGUCUUUCGCAAGGCCCCAUGGUCGACAUAUGUGAUGCUUUAGCAUGGGCUCGGAAUGAGUUACCUCAUACCAAGCUUCGCCGCUCCGAUAUCCAAGUCGACGGCGAGAAGGUUGUGGUUGUAGGCUGGUCAUCUGGUGGUCAGUUGGCUAUGUCACUGGCUUGGACCGCACCCCAGAGAGGUCUCAAACCACCAUCCGCUAUCUUAGCCUUCUAUUGCCCGACAGACUAUGAAGAUGAAUGGUGGAAGAAUCCAAUUCAACCAGUCGGCGCAGAAGAUACUGGUGUAGAAUACGACUUAUUCGAAGGAAUCAACGACGAGCCAAUCACAAACUACGCCGCAGUCGGAGCCUGGGCCCCGCUAUCUGAUCACCGCAUCCGCACCGACCCCCGCUGCCGCCUCGUCCUGCACAUCAACUGGAAAGCCCAAACCAUCCCCCUCAUAAUCGGCGGUCUCCCUAGCAAGAGUAAGAUCCUCUCUUUCGGCCACGAUCCAAAAGAUUAUUACAACCUCCCUCAACCAUCGCAAGACAAGAUCGUCCCUUGCAGUCCGGUCGCGCAGAUCAGGCAGGGCAAUUACAAAACGCCGACGUUCUUUGUGCAUGGUACGAAUGAUGAGUUGAUCCCGUGGCAACAGACUAAGAGGACCUUUGAGGAGUUGAAGAAGAGGGGUGUGAUUACGGAUUUGUGUUUGGUAAAGGGGGCGCCGCAUGUUUGUGAUUUGAGUAGUGAUCCCGAGUCUGAAGGGUGGAAGGCGGUUAUUAAGGGUUACGAUUUUCUUUGUUCUUUUGUUUGAGGUUUGGGAUUGCGAUAAUUUUCCUUUUGGAUUUGGUCAUCUCACGGACUAAGAUUGGUAAUUUGUUUUGUAAUGGGUUCUGAUAUCGUAUUUGAACGUCACUCUUUCACUCACGUGAUUGAUUUCCCCUCUUCCUGCUUAGAAAGUUUUCUAGAUCUAAAGCCCA